GGAUUUAGAAACGAUGAACGACUGGUUGCAGUAAAUUGGUGGAUGCGUUUUGUCCUCAUCGGUGGGACAAGUCGUCGUCUGGGCCGCCAUCCUAAUGUGACUCACGACAGCAGGGGCGGGGGGCCACAAGGACCGGUCUUAAUUUGUAAGCAAACAACAUGGCUGAGAUGCAGCAUCACCGCUCGCCGGAGCUUGCCUUCGCCGCCCCGCUGCUGCUGCCGCUGCUGCUCCUGUGCGUCUUGCAGCCGAUCCACACUCGCGUGUCUGCCAUAUCGGAUUUAAAAUCCAAAAUAUCAGGCGUGGAGGAGCUGCUGGAGGAGUUCCGCAAGCAGCUCCAGCACGACCAGACGUACCGGCCGAGCGAGGUGGCCGAUUCCUGCGUGAGCGACUUCAGCUGGGCCCGGGAUAGCAUCAUCCGGGCCAAGGCCUCCAUCGAGCAGGGGGCCACCUUCCUCAUGGCCCCCGAUCGAGUGCACACCUGGAGGGAUUGCGUGCACGCCUGCUGCGCCCAGCCUCACUGCACGGUGGCGGUGGUCCAGGGGGAGCCCGGGCAGGCGGGGGACAGCCUCAACUGCUACCUGUUCAACUGCACCUACCGGAGCCAAAACGUCUGCUCCUUCGCACCACAGCCGGGCUUCGCCUCCCACAGCCGCCCGGUGAACGCCACGCCGGGACACCUUCUGCCGGAUGGCCCCGGAGGCUCUCACGACGAGCGCAGGCCCGGCGAGGCGGAUGCCACGCAAGAGGUCGACGAGCCCCCUCGCUGUGAUGCGGGACAGGAUGUUGUGAUCCAACUGCCCACUGACUGGGCGGUUUUGGACGGGCGCGACAGUGUGGACGACCACGGAAUAAUUCGCUAUGACUGGACUCUCGUUAAGGGGGACGCAGACAUCACAAUGAAGGCAACUCAUCCAGGGCUGCUAAAGGUCAGCGGUUUGGAGCAAGGUGUCUACACUUUCCAGAUGACUGUUACUGACAUAUCCGGUCAGAAGACGUCAGAUAAUGUGUCCGUUACAGUGUUGGCACCCCAACAUCAAGCAGAAGUAUGUACUGGCCAGUGCUCAAACUACCAGUUCAAAUGUGAUGACGGCUGUUGUAUUGACAUCACGUUUGCCUGUGAUGGGAAGCAAGAUUGUCCCGAUCGAUCAGAUGAAGACUUCUGUCCAAACUUUGACACCAGCAGGAAGUCUGUGACCCACACUGAGGGCCUGCCCAUCCCUCAGCUACCAGUGCCGCACACUGACGGUUUUGUGCCCCGGGCUGGGUCCAGGAAGACCGGCGACAACGGCAGAGCGUCUCAGGAGAGGAGCAAAGUCACACCUCCACCCAGUCGCCAGCGGGAUUCAAACAGUCAAGGCCCAUGCUCCGCCGCUCCAGUUGUCGGACCUUGUAAGGGCACCUUCGCGCGCUGGUACUAUGACCAGGUAGCAGGAGAAUGCAAACACUUCCUUUACGGCGGUUGCCAGGGCAACCAUAACAACUUCCUCCAGGAAUCGGACUGCGUCAGUGAAUGUAUACAGAAAAGUCCAGAUUUUAAAGCAGGCACCAUGGCUCCCCCUAUCACCAAGCAGUCCAAAUUAGCCACUCCCAGAGUCUCGCAGAGCCAAGAGAGUGACAUCCCAAUCUCCAAACAGUUCCCAGUAAAGGGGGGACAUCCGGUCCCCGAGUCAGGUGCCAUCCUUCCAUUGACGCUGGGCCUGAUCAUCACCGCCCUGCUGCUGCUCAUGAUCGCCUGUCGCCUCAGGCUCGUCCGCCACAAGUUGAAGAAAGCGCGGCCCCUCACCACGGAGGAGUCCGACUACCUUAUCAACGGCAUGUACCUGUAGCCACAAACAGAAUCUCUUGACAGUUCUGACCUGGGAAAAUGAAAGGAUGUGGCCCUCAAAGCCCGAACCUUUUACAUUUGCACUGUAUUUUUUUUUCCUGUAGCCUACUGCCUGUAAUUAGUUUUAUUUGAGCUUGAAAGCAUUCUAUCCUGCAUCGCUAUCGUACCUGCUUCCGCAGUGAAACAGAUGCGAUCCUGCCUCCAAACUCAAUGACAUCUUCUCAUGCUUAAACCAUAAAUGGACAAAUGUGCUGGGAUACCUGGACAGCCACAUCUUACUGGAAAUUAAGAACAAUAUAGUCCAAAAAAAUAGAGUAUCUCCACUCUUCUUCAUCCCGAAGGUGUUUGGUCGAGGUCAGGACUUUGAAAAUGUCCAGCACCAAACACAUCUUAGCAUGCCUCCUUGGAACUUUUGUUUUAUUUUUGGAAAAUGAUUAAGAUGAGUGUUACAUACAAUACUUCAACAAAUAGUCGAAGAGCGAUAUCAGAAAAUCGAAUAUGAACUCAAUUAGGAUUUAUUCAAAUCCCAUUUGACAUGAGUUUUUUUUUCUUUACAAAAUGUGCUGUGCCAUAUUAGCACUAUCAUAUACAUAAAACUGAGAUGUGGAUAGAAAUAUAAAAUACUGAGUUGUUGAUUAGUAUUUUUUCUUCUUCCAGAAACAUAAGCCAUAGUAAUAGCCAUGUAGUACCUCUUGUCCUAGUCCUGCAUCCUUGCAAAACUCCAUGUGUAUGUAUAAGAUUGAAUUCAUGUUUUCAUUCAGUGUUGUAUUUCAUCUGAGGUUAAAGUUUAUUAUCUAAAAAAGGAUCUGAUGCUAAUCAAUGCAUCAAUCUAAAUUAUUUUUUUCAAUGAUUAUUCAUUUUUAAGGGAAAAAAUGACAGAAAAUGAAAAUCUCACGUUUUUGAAUGUUAUAAAUACUUUUUCAUUAAAUCUAAGACUUAUUUAUAACAUUCAAAAACAUCUUGCGAGUUUGUAUGCAUUGAUCCAUUCGAGACUUGCAAUAUUUUCCAACCUAUCGUCCCCAGAAGAGGGAGUUAUCCCGCCUCAAGUUCACCUAAUAAAUAUGAAAUGACAUUCAUUUGUCCAACAUCUGUAAACCAUCCCCAAAUUCCAUCUCAUGAUCAUCUUUCAGCAUUUUAAUAACGUAAAAUAAAAUGGAAUCCCAUUUUCAUUUUUGUCAGUCACCGGCUUAGUUUUAAGUGAAUAAACUGAAAAUUCAAAAUGGUUUUUUUUCACAGUAUGGAUUACGUGAAAUCUGGGUUUGAAUCUCAGCAGCUCAGGCCCUCCUGUGCAGAGUUCCCCCCAUGCUUGUGUGGGUUUUCUCUGGCUACUCCCACAUUUCAAAAACAGAGAUGUCACAUUCAUUGAAGACUUACAGUAAUUGCCCACAGGUGUAUAAUUGCAUGGUGACCAAACCAGGGUGUAUGCUGCCUCUCACCCAAACUCAACAGGGAUACGUUCCAGCUCAUUUAUGAGUUCAAUCAAAAGAAACACUUCAGCUAAUGGAGAGAUGGAUACAUUUCUUAUUCACUAGUGGAC